AUGCAUAUCGCUCGUGUUGCAGUUACCCUUGCUCUUGCGGCUAGCACCACCAAUGCGCUGCCGUGGAUCAAGUCUCGGGGUGACCCCAAUGCCCCGGGAGUGAACGCAGACAAUCUCGAUACUACUCGAGAGGUUCACGGGAAGGGGUCAUCCCCCGACUCCAUGCAUCCCUCCAUGAAAAUGGUUGCCUCUUCGAACCAGCCGGUCCAGCAAGAGAUGAUGGAAGAUUCGUCUUUGAGCGUUUCCCAGCAGAUGUUUUUGGACCAGGAGCAUGACAUCAAGCCCGAUCUCGCCGCCGCCGCAGCUCCCUAUAGGCAGUCCAAAGAGAUGAUUCAACUCACGAGGGCUACCGAGCCUCAGCUCAGUGGUGAGGGCUCGGUCAUGUCUUCUUGCUCCAGCGAGAUGCCCGCUGUUCAGCAAAAGGCCAUGGACAUCCAGGACCACGGUGCGGCUACGGACGUUAGUCGCUCGGAGAACAAGAUCAACAACUUCGCAGUCAAAGCUCGCGAGCUUUUCAGGGUCUUUGGUCAGGCUUGGGACCAGCGAGCCAAACUCGAACAUGGCGAGCAACAACAGGGAACGGUGAAGUACACCGCCAACGCCAACCAGGACAAGAGCCAGGUGUCCCUGCCCACAGACAGAGAGAAUCCAGUGAACGUCCAGAAGCAACAGGCCGCAGACUCAAUGUGGCAGGCAGAGAAGGUUCGGCAAGUGAGGAACCAUGAGAGCUACAACCAGAGGCCAGAAAACGAAUCCGCAGACAUCGACGGCCAGCAGCACAGUGCCAUGCCCCAGAACCAGAAUUACGCCCGGUCGCACAUGGAUGGAUCUAAUGUCCAAGCUCACGAGAUGGAGCAGAUGAACGGUUGGCAGAGUCUAGACCGCGAGCAGCACCAAGAGCACAUGAAUAUGCGUGAGACCAAGUGCCGGCACCAACAGCAGCAGAUGCAGGAGCAGGAACAGAUGCAGGAGCAGAUGCAAGUUCGGCCAGAAAUGGCAGAAGACCUCCAGUCCGCCAUGAAUGACAUCCACCGGCUCAUGCCUAGUCAGUCCCAUCGCGGGAUACCUGUUUAG